AUGGCAACAAAUCAGGCUCAAAUGGAGGCUGACCAGAGUUCGACUUCUUCAGAACCCACAGUAGAACAAAAUCUAGCCUAUUACAUCUCUGUUGUGGAUGAAUGUGGACAAUCUCACUGGGACGGGAGAGGGUGUCCCAAUGUAAAGUUAAAGACAGCUCAGUGCGAAACUAAGAUGUCCUGGGAGUAUGAAAUCGAUGACGCGUAA